CCCCACCCUGCGCACGCGGCGGGGGCUUGGACGGCAGGCGCCGCCUCUGGCGGACCCGCGGGCGUCUCUGCCGAGUGACUGAAGGGCUCGGGGUCUGACUGUCUGCCCGCUUCUUCCUGAGUGUGACUGACAGCCGCGCAGCUGUCUGUCUGCCUGCGCCUGCCUGCCUGUCUGUCUGCCUGGCUGGCCAGCCGUCUGUUUCGCUUAACUUCUGUCUGUCCGCGUGGCCGCAGCCCUGGUCUGCUCUCUGUUCAUCCCCGAUGCAGCGGAUCGGCCCCUGUCCCGCAGCCUCCGCCUUCUGUCCCUGUGUGACCUCUUUGGGAUGUAACUGAUGGUCGUCUUUGCCUCUGCCUGGCCCGCCUGCCCGGAGCCCACCUGCCGUCCGCGGGGGUGACAGGUCCGGCCCUGUCUGAUCGGUGGCUCGGGGCAGGUUGCAGCUUCCCACCCCAGACCCCUGCCUGUUCUCCCAGACCCCCAUUCCCCUCCCCAUCCCCCGAACACCAAGCCCAGCUGCCACCCCUGGGAGCCCACCGGACUGCCCGGAGCCCAGAGAGAAUGGAUUUCUGAGAAAGAAGUAGAACAGCAGGCUCCGGGAGGCAGCAUGCCGUGUGCCUGGGCUGUGACUUUGCUCCUGCUAAUGCUCCAGGGAACAUGGGGCUGCUCCAACCUCGUCUGCUACACCGAUUACAUUGAGACUAUCACCUGCAUCCUGGAGACAUGGGCCAGGCACCCCGACUCGCUCACCCUCACCUGGCAUGACACAUAUGGAGAACUGGAGGAUGAAGUCAUCUCCUGCAGCCUCCUCCGGUCCACCCACAAUGCCACCCAUGCAGAGUACACGUGCCACAUGAAUGUGUUCCGCCUCAUGGCUGACGACUUCUUCAAUGUAAGCAUGACAGACCCAUCCGGCAACUACUCCCAGGAGUGUGGCAGCUUUAUAGUGGCUGCGAGCAUCAAGCCAUCUCCCCCUUUCAACGUGACCGUGAACUUCUCCGGAUAUUAUAACGUCUCUUGGAGUUCCAGUUCCAGUUCCAGUCCCAGUGACCGUGUCUAUGCGCUGAAGGACAAACUUCAGUAUGAGCUGCGGUACAGGAAGGUUGGGGAGCCCUGGGCUCAGAGUCCAGGGAGAAAGCUGAUCUCAGAGGAUUCCAGAAGCAUCUUUCUCCUCCCCUUGGAGUUCCACAGUGGGUCAAGCUACGAGCUGCAGGUGCGGGCAGGGCCCCAGCCCGGCUCCACCUUCCAGGGGACCUGGAGCGAAUGGAGUGACCCAGUCGUCUUUCACACCCAGCCGGAAGAGAGAAAGGGAGACCUGUAUCUUCACCUGGUUCCCAUCCCGCUCAUCCUGGUCUGCCUCAUCUUUGUCUUCUUGGGCCUGAAGGUCCCUUGGAGGCCGUGGGAAAAGGUAUGGCUGCAGGUGUCCAGCCCAAAGCCCUUCUUCCAGCCCCUGUACGUGGGCCACAGCGGAGACUUUAAGAAAUGGGUGGGCACACCCUUCACUGCCUCCAGCCUGGAGCUGAGGCCCUGGAGCCCAGGGGUGCACUUGGCUCUUGAGAUGUGCAGCCCGUGCCCACCACAGGGUGCAGCCAAGGGGCUGGUGCCCACGGAGCUGCCAGAGCCCACAGACCUGGUGGAAGCUGACGGGGUGCUUGAGCCGGGCUCCUGGGGCCCAGUGCCCUCCACCGCCGGCAGCUUGGGCAGCUCGGUUUACAGCCAGGAGAAGGACCGGCUGUACGGCCUGGUGUCCAUCGACACGGUGACUGUGGUGGACGCGGAGGGGCUGUGUGGCUGGCCCUGCACCUGUGGGGACGAUGGCUACCCUGCCCUGAACCUGGACACUGGCCUGGAGCCUGGUCCAGACACAGAGGACCGGCUCCUGAGCACGGGGACCACAAUCCUGUCUUGUGGCUGUGUCUCGGCCGGUGGCCCCGUGAGGCCAGGCAGCCUCCUUGACCGGCUAAGGCUGUCCCGUGAGGAUGAGGCAGAUUGGACACCUGGGCCGUCGGACAGCGAGGCGGGCUCGCCCCCGGUCGGCCUGGACAUGAACACGUUUGACAGCGGCUUCGCGGACUCUGACUGUGGCAGCCCCGUGGAGAGUGACUUCAGCAGCCCCAGGGACGAGGAACCCCCCAGGAGCUACCUCCGACAGUGGGUGGUCAUGGCCCCUCCACCUACGCCGCCGGGGUCCCAGGCCAGCUAGCGAUGCCCCGACGGGACACCUGAGCCUGGUGUUCAGAGUGUGCAUCUGGGGUUCAGGGGCCCACUGGCGUGGCUGUGCAUGUGUGUGUGUGUGGCCCGAGUGACUGGGUGGACAUGAAGCACCCCCGUGGUGAUGCCACGUGUGUGUCUGUGCCGAUGUGAGUUCCCUGUAUGCAUGAAUGUGAGCGGCACGUGCCUCUGUGCACAUAAGGACAGUCUCCCUCCCUCCCAGCCAUGUGGGGGUGGCCCCUGGGACACGUGCCAAGAAGCCAGUCACGUGCUGGGACCAGGGCCCUGCCUGAGACAGACCAUAAGCCCAGCACCCACCGCCCCCCACCCCAGGUCCUGCCUCUGGGAGCCGCACAAGAUCCACACUCUUCCUCAUCACCUUGCAGGGGGCGGGAAAGUGGACCAAGCGAGCCCACUGUGACCCUGGGGGUGGGAAGACUGGCGGGGGGUGGGCGAUGGAUGUAGCUCUGAAUCCUGAUUCUGACACCUCCCGGCUGUGCCAUCUUCAGCGAGUCGCUUCCCCUCUCUGGGCUGGAGUUUCCUGUCUGGACCAUGUGGGUGGCCUGACCUACCCUGUGGAGAAAUCAGAGAGGUCGCCCACAUACGGUGUGCAGCCCAGACCCUCAAUAAACAUCAGUUUCCUUC